CACAGUUCAUACUAAUGUACACAAUGUGUCAUUUUAAGUUACUUUAAUCAUGUAAAUUAACUCAUGUGAUCCCUCUCCAAUCAAGGAACCAGCUGAAUUUUUUUUUUUUUUUUUUGCAGCAAAGCAUUGUAUCAACAAAGGGAAGGUAAUGGUGUGUUUAAACCAUAGGAUUUUUGCCCUGAAAUGUUCAUCAUAUUGCUAGAUAGGUUUACAAUUCCCAGGAGGCAACUUAGGAAAGGGGAAAUGGCUUGAAUCAGGAAAAAUAAAUAAAUCUGAUUGUACUGUUCCUACUGCCUGGAAGAGAAACCUGAGCUCCCAAGCACAGCAUUCCUGUCCUUCUCAUCUGGCCAACCUGUCUCCUGAUGCACUUGUACCUUGGCCCGCUAGGUACCUGUGCCUUUGUCACCUUUGCCUGUGGUGAUUCAGGACUCAGUGUAACAAUCUGUUCUUCCCCUAUUCCUUCUAGUUCAUUCAGGGUUUAUCUCCCUAAAAUGAUGAAUAGCUAUCAGGGACUCUUUUAAAAACACUAGAAAACACUAAGCUGCUCCUGCUGCCAGGAAUUUUACUGUGUAAUUUUCACACACAAAAAAAAAUUUGGGGGGUGAUGCUCAGGUUUCAACCCAGGGUCUUACAUAUAUUAAACAUACACUCUAUCAGUGAGCUACACUCCAACCUCACAACCAUUAUUGUCCCCAUUUUACAAAUGAGGGAACCUGGGCUCAGGAUGGUUUAGUCAUGACCCACAUUACACAACCAAGAGGUGGAUCCAGGAUUUGGAUCUAGGUAGUUCAAAUGCUAGAUCCUAUGUUCCCUGGCACAUUGGAGCAGACUUAUAUAAUUUAUCAAAUUGUAAAACCAUCAAACUUUAUGAAAACUUUAAAAGAAAAAAAGACUAUCAUUUAAAAAGGAUUCUUUAGGAAAAAUUGAAUUCUUAUGUUUGCAAGGCAUUGUGGAUUGUGGAGAACAUCACAUCUGUCUGUGCUCUUAUCCAAUAUUCAGGACAGCACAGGCUGCAGUAGGAAAAAGGAAGAAUAAAACAUUCCUAGGGAGGUGAGGAUGAAAGACCCUUUCAUUUUAUUAAGGAUUUUUAAAAUCAAGAUCCCAGAGAGGAAUUUUGGUCAUGGAAAUCAACUGGACUGAAGCCAAGAGACUCCAGUCUUGCUCACUUUCUGUCUUUGCCCCAGUGUGACUGUGGGCAACUCACUUCCCACUUUGGUUCCAUUUCCCUCUUUACACAUGAUCACCUAGUCUUCCCUCCCUUGACAGGGUACAAGCAUCAUUAGGAUGAAAGAUGCAGGUCCUAAACAGCCAAAUACUGGCAACUUCACACCAUUCAACCUAACACAACCAAAACAGUUAUCAUUUAUUAAAUAUCCUCUUGAUCCUAAUAGCUCUAUGAAGUAGUACUAGCAAAAAAUAAGCCAUUUGAUAGAUAAUGAUACUGAAGUUUGACUGUACAAAGGUUGUUAUACAAGAGCCCACGUGUUUUCCAUUACUGUAGUGAGUUCUAAAAUAAGAUACCAAGUGUUGCUAUUUUUCCCCUCUGUCAUUAAAUAAUUACCGGACACCAACUAAAUUGGCACCGCUCUGAUGUGAAUAUUAAGGCCCUGGGGUAUCCCCAUACAUUUCCUUGCUUCUUAAAAAUUUACCUUCUUACUGGUGGCAAGUGGCUCAUGCCCGGAAUGCCAGCUACUCAAGAGGCUGAGGCAGGAGGUUGGCAUGUUAGAAGACAGCCUUAGCAACUCAGUGAGAGCCUGUUUUAAUUUUUUUUUUUUUAAGCUGGGAUGUAGUUGAGUGGUACAGUGCCUAAGUUCAAUGCCCAGUACUUGGGCGGUGGUGGCAGGCGGUGGGGAGAAUCGCUCCCCUAGGGUAGCCACUAUUAGAUGAUCAUGAAUGGCAAACCUCUGUGUAACACAUCCUUCAAGAACUGGGCACAAUUUUGACCAAAACAUGUUUCUUCCUUGUGGAUAAAAGCCCAGAGUUUGGAGGUUUGGUUUUCUUGCGGUGUGAGGACUGAAUGCAGGGCCUGCACAUGCUAAGCAGGUGCUCUACCACUGAGCUAUACACCAGCACCCACGCCCUGCUUAUUUCACAAGAUCUUUUGGAGAAACGCGCAGUUUAAUUUCUAGCACCUGGACGUCCUGAAGUCUAGAUGGAGGCGGGGGGGCGAGGCGGCGCGGGUUUCCCCUUUCUCCAUUUUCAGGAUGCCAUCACUUUCCCUACCGCGAGUUCUUGGAGGGCGAAAGCUCACGUUUGCUUCAUCAAAUUUCCGGAUCAGAAAUCUAACACCCAGCAAUCAAAGCCAGGAGGCUGUAACCCGGGUGAGCCCGAAAGACCAGCACCUGGCGCCAGGUGGCGCUCCUCUCGGCGGAGGCCGCCCCGCCUCUCCCGCCACCCAAGGCACGCCCCCGCGCGCAAUUUGGUCUCGUCCGCGCUGUCCCCCCCCUGCCCGAGCAGCACAGUGGCACGUCCUGGGCCCUGCUCGGCGCAAGAUGGCGGCGUCCGUGUGCGCUCUGCCCCUGUGGCCACGGGUGGUGCCGUGGAGUAGGGAACUUCCGGGCGCCUGGCGUGCCCUGCACACCUCCGCAGUCUGCGCCAAGAACCGGGCGGCCAGAGUCCGCGUGGGCAAGGGGGACAAGCCCGUGACCUACGAGGAGGCCCACCCACCACACUACAUCGCCCACCGAAAGGGCUGGCUGUCGCUGCACACAGGUAAUCUGGAUGGGGAAGAACAUGCUGCAGAGCGAACGGUGGAGGAUUUUUUCCUACGCAAGUUCAUGCUGGGUACCUUCCCAGGCUGUCUGGCUGACCAGCUGGUCCUGAAGCGCCGGGCCAACCAGGUGGAGAUCUGUGCCCUGGUCCUGAGGCAGCUGCCAGCACACAAGUUCUACUUCCUUGUGGGCUACAGUGAGACUCUGCUGUCCCACUUUUACAAGUGUCCUGUGCGACUCCAUCUCCAAACUGUGCCCGCAAAGGUUGUAUAUAAGUAUAUUUAGGAUGAUGCUCUUUUUUAUAUCAAGGUGCAAUAUGCAAAGGUGAGAAAUGUGGGAAAGAAGACCAGUAGAAUGAGGAGAAAUGCAAAUCCUUGGAAGACAGAGUCAUCAUCACUUCUAAGCAGCUGUUGAAUAAAGAUCCUUGUGCUGCCUUGCUUCUGUUUACCUUUACCUUUUUGUGGUUUUUAAACUUUUAUUAUUUAUUUAUUAAUUAUUUUCUCUGCUGGUGAUGUGAACCGAGGGUCUCAUGCAGGUUCAGGGAGUAUUCUACCACUGAACUAUAUCUCCAGUUCUUCCCUUUGCCCUUUUGGUCAGGGAGCUAGAGUUGGGUUUUGUUUAGGUCUUCAGGGCUGGUAGGGAAGCUGCCUGUUUUCUGAAGUUUAGCUCAGUUCAGUGAGGACCUGUUUGUGCAGUUACUCUACCCCAUAUACCACAUACUUCACCUAAUAAAGAUGUGUUUUAAUAAAGUAA